GUGUCGUCGAUCUUGCCUUUCGUCCGCCCCAGUUCGCGCACAUUCUCGCUCGCUCCCACCAUCUCUCCCGCAACCAUGCACUCUGACAGCGAGGUUUCAGACACCGAGGCCAACGUCCCGCUGGGAGGCGUCGAGCAGGUCGAUCCCGAGGUCGUCCGCUUGGCCAUGGCCCAGGGCAGCACCCCCGCCGCCGCCGCCGCUCUCUCGGAACAGCAGUCCCGCCUCCUCUGCCGCAUGUACGAGAACAAGUACCCCGAGGCCGACGAUCUGGUCAUGGUCAACGUUCGCCAGAUUGCCGACAUGGGAGCCUACGUCCAUCUCCUCGAGUACAACAACAUCGAGGGCAUGAUUCUGCUCUCGGAGCUCUCCCGUCGCCGCAUCCGAUCGAUCCAGAAGCUCAUCCGUGUCGGACGCUCCGAAGUCGUCGUCGUCCUCAGAGUCGACAAGGAGAAGGGCUACAUUGACUUGUCAAAACGCAGAGUCUCGGCCGAAGAUAUCCAAAAGUGCGAGGAGAAAUUCAACAAGUCCAAGGCGGUCCACAGCAUCAUGCGACACGUUGCCGAGAAGCUGAAUAUUUCGCUCGAGGAUCUGUACGUUCAGAUUGGCUGGCCCCUCUACCGAAAGUAUGGCCAUGCCUACGAGGCUUUCAAGGUUGCCAUCAACGAGCCCGAAAAGAUCUUUGACGAGUUCAACCUUGAACCCGAGGUCCGAAGAGAACUCGAGAGCAACAUCCGCCGCCGCCUGACCCCUCAACCCGUCAAAAUCCGAGCCGAUAUCGAGUGCACAUGCUUUGGCUACGAUGGCAUCGAUGCCAUCAAGGCUGCCCUCAGUGCCGGUGAGGCCUUGUCCACCCCGGAUAUUCCCAUCAAGAUCAAGCUCGUCGCCCCGCCGCUAUACGUCAUGAACACCAACGCCCUCGACAAGAGCCUGGGCAUCGAGCUUCUCCAGAAGGCCAUCGUCAAGAUUGAGGAGGUCAUCAAGAAGAACAACGGAGGACUGGUUGUCAAGACAAAGCCAAGAGCCAUCAGCGAGAACGAUGACCUCGAGCUGGCUCAGCUCAUGGCCAAGCUGGAGCGGGAGAACGAAGAAGUGUCCGGUGACGACGAUGAUGAGGACGCCGCUGCGGAUGAUGACGAGUAACAGCGUCCCACGCACACCAAAUCUCUGGCGCUGGAAUCACGAAUGGGGUCAUGUCAGGAGGCUUGCCCGGAGUCUCUGCCCUUCCCCUCAUCCUUGCUUCCCUGACCCAACUCCACCCAACCUCUCACGAAUGUCACGACCAAAAGCU